AUGCACCCUUCUUUCCUCAAACUUCCCAAACUACGAUCGCUCAACGACCGCUCUCGGCCCCGCAGUUAUGCCUUUGUCGAGUUUCGCAGCACCCGAGACGCGGAGGACGCCUACUAUGAUAUGCACGGCAAGACAUUCGACGGUUCGCGGCUGAGUAUCCAAUGGGCCAAAAACCCACCUUCUGCUGUCUGGCGUACGGAACGCCCUCCCAGAUCACGCGACCGGGACCGUGAGCGGGAUGGGGGCAGAGACCGCGAGCGAGACCGAGACCGUUCGCGCAGCCCGCGGCGUCGAGAUGACCGGGACAGAGAUCGCGACCGCGAUAGAGACCCCAAGGAUCGCGAAGACGAUAGAGACCGGGACAGAGACCGUCGUCGCCGUAGCCGUAGUCCACGUGACCGCCGCCGGAGCGCCUCACCGAAGCGCGACCGGGAGCGCACCCCUGCACUAACCGGAGACGCGAAUGGCAGCGGCAGUGCUGUCCACAAAGAGGACACGCCUGCUUAG